CGGUGUGAGCAGGCGGGUCGGCUCCCGACGGAGGGGGCGAGUUCACGUCAUUGCUCCAUCAAGGCUUGCGGGACGACGACGGCGGAGGAGUUGAUAUGAGGUUCGAGUUGUGUUCUGGCGGCGGAAAGGAGGCGAGUCGCACGUUCAUCAUCGACGGAGAUCGUUCGGCACGUGGCAUUGAGCAUGGUGGAAGUCUGCAUACGGAGCAAUCCACACUUCGUCGCGCUGCACCCGUGACUUGCGCGGUCGGGCCAUCGCCAGCGGGACAGCAGCAUGGAUUGACUGCUCCGUCCGUCGAUCGAUUGGGCGGUGCACGUUCGCUGAUGCCUGCGUGCACAACACCGGUCGAAUCCGGAGUGAGGGACGAGGGAACGUGCAGAGCGUCGGUACGUCCACGACCCACUGUGGAGAACAUAACACGUGGAGUGUCGAACAUGUGGGCACACAACGAUGGAGGCGAAGACGACGUUGGCUUCGGUGACGACGCAGACGAAGGGAUGAGGGAAGACGUGGAAGCGGGGGACGACGACGACAACGUUCCAAUUCGGCCUUUGGGGAAGACGGCUGGGAGGGGGAAAGGACGCGGCAGAGGUGGUGUCCGUGGCCGAUCCGUUGGCCGUGGAGGCAGAGGUGGCGUAAGUGACGACGCCGGGAAGUCUCCGACGUACUGGUCUGCAGAAGACCAAAUGCUCCUGGUGCGAUGCAAGCGGGAGCAAGAUAUGCACCUCCCCGGCUUGUCUCACAAUUACGGGCGGAUGAAGACGAAAGAGUGGAAGUGGGAGGACAUGUCAAAGCGGAUGGCGAAUGCGGGGAGGCCGAAGGACGCUGACGACUGCAUGAAGAAGUGGGACAAUCUGUUCCUGAACUACAAGAAAAUUCAGAGGUUUCAGAAUGCCAGCGGGCGGCCAGAAUGCCAGCGGAUGGAGGGGUCGUUUUGCUGCGAGGGGGACGCGCGAUGGGGUACCCGCGGCGCCACAACGCUUCUCGUCGGGCGCGCUACAAGGUUCCCGCCGUGCAUCUGCAGUGCCACAACGCUUCUCGCCGGGCCAGCUGCACACUUCCCGCCGCACAUCUGCAGUGCCUUAACGCUUAUCGCCGUCAUCGCUUCCGCUCUUCUGGCAGUCAGGCUUCUCGCUGCGGAGCACUCCUGCCAUCGCGAAGGACAGGUGUCGCCGGGGACAUCAUCCUUCCGUGCGAGCGUGCCGCGUCGUGGUGCGCGAGGUUGGUCGCAGCCGGCGGAAGAGGACAACAACGAUGAUUUCAUGACAGAGGACGAUCAAGGCGAGGCGACGGCGUCUGCAGGACGGGAGAGUGCCAGGCAGCGUACUCCGGAUCAGAGCGCUUCGAAAAGGAUGUCAACCCCUCCGCCGGAGGCGCAGCAGCUGCGUGUCCGCGAAACUUGGAAAGAGAAGGGUGCUGUGGUGGACCUUGGCGGCGAAGACGACGAGUCUUUGGAGAGACGUCGCCUGCGCAGUGCGACACAAGCGACCACAGCGGCGGUGUCGACGACUCGCACUGCGGACGACGAAAGGCCGAUCACAGGUGCACUGCCCUGCACGCCGUCUGAGCCGCGUCAGCGCAACGACGGUGGUGACGGUGCGUCUCGCCAACGAGGUGGUGGGGGGGGAGUCGUGGCAGACGCGCGUGCAGCAGGAGGGGAGGCGGCAGGUGGCGCGGGUGUGGCUGUUGCAGGUGUUGUCCCUCCCGUUCUGGUGGCGAGAGAGGAGGCUGCAGUUCAGGCGACGGUGAGAGAGGAGGGUCGUGGACAUAACACGAACCAACGCGAUUACAACAUCGUCCACGAAACCAAAGAGCACUACGUCGCCAUCGCCAGUGGGCUUCCGCCACCUCAACUUCCGCGGAGUGUUGUCGUCCCCAAAUCCAGCACGAGGGUGGCGAGGAUCGCAGACCAAUCACAGCUCCAGCAGGCGAUCUCCCGUGCGGCGGCGGUGGAGAAUAUAGCUCUGCGCAUCUUGCACGGCUGGGUUUUCAAGUCCGGGAACCGCCCAAGGGGGUACAACCUUGCGUUCCAGUACUCGUUGGAGUCCGUAGCGACGGAUAUUGCGCGUGCAAUGUGGUACGGCGAGGAGUGGCGCAAUGUCGUCAGCGCGCUAAUCUGCGCCCACACGAUAGAUCUUAACAUGGACCUUCUACUGUGGUACGCCGGCGCGAAUAUCGAGGACAGACCUGAGGACGACGACAUGGCUGCGUACCAGGAGUCCACCGUCAUCAGCAUCGCGCAUUCGUUCCGUCAUCGACGAUCCGUCGUCCACGCCGCGAACGUCGUCAUGGAGAGGCUUGGGAAAGCGAAAGUCACGCUAGGAGUGUACCCCGACUACAUCCCUGAUUGGGCACCAUGCGGCAUCCGAUUUGCGCACGACGCGACCAUCAAGGGGCCGGAGGAUGCGAAGAGGCUGGAUUGGUUGGGUUCGGGCCCCGCCGAUGAUGACAUCAAAGGCGAAGGAAAAGACGACGCAUAAGGCAGGCUGGUAUGCGGGGGGAGAGCGGGGAGACAACGCUUCUAAGAACGAAGGCGCAUGUACGCGUGGCGAGACGUGA